CUUAGCGGACUCAGUGUGGAAGUAGCUGUUGAAAAGACCAGAAGGACUGUUAUCUCCCAAUUUCGCAUGAGCUUCCUUGCUUCAAACUACUGAGAUGAAGAGAGCAAGGCUAUUUAUCCUGCUUUCUAGUUUAUGGAAUGGGGGCUUUGGGCUUAUCAACACCACGCAUACUUGGAUUACCCCUGAGGAUGCAAGCUCUCAGGAGAACAUGGCCUCUGCUACGGUUCCUUUAAAUAAAAUGCUGCCAACCCCUCAGAUCACAACAGCUGAGAUAGCCACAAUUCCUGAGGCAAGAACCUCUGAAGAGAGUCUUCUAAAAUCAACACUGCCUCCCUCAGAGACAGGCACACCUCCUGAGGGUGUGAGAAACCAAACUCUCACACCCCCAGGGAAGAUAGAAGGGGUGCUGAAGUUACUGCCUCUUACCCUCCCAACCAAACCUAGCCUCAAGUUCAGCCCAAGAGCAGAGUCAGUGGUCCUUUCCAACUCUACAAUGAAAUUUCUUCAGAGCUUUGCCACAAAGUCGAAUCAACAAGCGAUCUCUCCCAACUCAAUUGCAGGCGGCCUGGGAAAUCGGUCCCCACGGGAAACAUACCUCAGCAGAGGUGACAGCACUGGAAGCCAGAGAACCAACUAUCAAAAAUCAAGUUUUGAAACAACUAGAGGAAAGAAUUGGUGUGCUUAUGUACAUACCAGAUUAUCUCCCACAGUGAUUCUAGACAACCAAGUCACUUAUAUUCCAAGUGGGAGAGGGCCCUGUGGCUGGGCCGGUGGAUCCUGUCCUCAGAGAUCUCAGAAGAUAUCAAAUCCUGUCUACAGGAUGCAACAUAAAAUCGUUACCGCAUUGGAAUGGAAGUGCUGUCCUGGAUUCAGUGGAGCAAAAUGUCAACUAAAAGCCCAGGAGCAGCCGCCCUUGAUGCACAGCAAGCAGGCUGAGAGUCACACCGCCGGCGGCGCGGAGACCGCGGAGGAGGGGCCGCCGCAGCUGCAGCGAGACUGUGGUGACGCAGCAGUGACACAAAAGAUGACCGAGCAGAUGAACUACCAAGCAAUGAAACUGACCCUUCUCCAGAAGAAGAUUGACAAUAUUUCUUUGGCUGUGAGUGAUGUAAGGAACACGUACUCCUCCCUAGAAGGGAAAAUCAGUGAAGAUAAAGACAGAGAAUUUCAAUCUUUUCUAAAAGGUCUAAAAUCCAAAAGCAUUAAUGAUCUGGUAAAGAACAUAGUAAGAGAGCAAUUUAAAAUUUUUCAGAAUGACAUGCAAGAGACUAUAGCACAACUCUUCAAGACUGUAUCAAGAUUAUCAGAGGACCUUGAAAACACCAGACAAACAAUUCAUCAAGUUAAUGAAUCUGUGGUUUCAAUAGCAGUCCAGCAAAACUCUUUUUUAAUGCAAGAAAACAGGCCCACUUUGACUGAUGUACUAGAUCUAAAAAAUCACAUUGUGAAUAUAAGGCAAGAAAUGACCUUUACAUGUGAAAAGCCUAUUAAAGAACUAGAAGCAAAGCAAGCUCAUUUAGAAGGUGCUUUAGAACAGGAACAUUCACGGAGCAUUUUGUAUUAUGAAUCCCUCAACAAGACUCUUUCUAAAAUGAAGGAAGUUCACGAGCAGCUUUUAUCAACUGAACGAGUAUCAGAUCAGAGGAGUGUUCCAACUGCUGAAUCAGUUAGCAGUAAUGUCACUAAGCACAUGUCUGCUCUACAAGAGAAUAUAAAGAAGCAGGGUUUGAUGAUGCUGCAAAUGUUUGAUGAUUUGCACAUCCAAGACAGCAAGAUUAACAAUCUCACUAUUGCUUUGGAGAUAGAGAAAGAAUCUAUCAGGGGUGAAUGUGAAGACAUGCUAUCCAAGUGCAGAAAUGAUUUUAAAUUUCAAAUUAAGGACACGGAAGAGAAUUUACAAGUUUUAAACCAAACACUGGCUGACGUUCUCUUUCCAAUGGACAAUAAGAUGGAUAAAAUGAAUGAGCAGCUAAAUGACUUGACUUAUGAUAUGGAGAUCCUUCAACCCUUGCUUGAGCAGGCAGCACCAUUUAAAGAGACAAUGAUACAAGAACCACCAAAAGAAGUAAUAGCUACAAGGAAAAAAGUGGAAAACCUGACUAGUGCUGUCAACAGUCUAAGUAUUCUUAUCAAAGAACUUUCAAAAAGACACAACUCACUUAGGAAUGAAGUACAGAGUCGCAGUGAUGCCUUGGACAGACGUAUCAGUGAAUAUGCCUUAGAAAUGGAAGAUGGCCUAAAUAAGACAAUGACUAUUAUAAAUAAUGCCGUUGAUUUCCUUCAAGAUAACUAUGUGCUAAAAGAGACUUUAAGUACAAUAAAGUAUAAUCCCGAAGUCCAUCAUCCAUGUACCCAAAAUAUGGAAACUGUUUUGACAUUUAUUUCUCAAUUCCAACGCUUGAAUGAUUCCAUUCAGAUGUUGGUCAAUGACAAUCAGAGAUACAACUUUAUUUUGCAAGUUGCCAAGGUCCUUGCAGAUAUUCCUAAGGAUGAAAAACUAAGUCAGUCCAGCUUUCAAAAGAUUUAUCAAAUGUUCAAUGAAACCACUUCCCAACUGAUAAAAUACCAGCAAAAUAUGAGUUAUUUGGAGGAAAAUAUACUCUCAGCCACAAAGAUUUCCAAAAAUUUUGAAACUAGGUUGCAAGGUAUUGAGACUAAAGUGACCAAGACACUCAUACCUUAUUAUGUUUCACUAAAAAAAGGCAGUGCGACUACAAAUGAGAGAGACCAGGCUCUUCAACUGCACGUACUAACUUCCAGAUUUAAGGCGCUGGAAGCAAAAUCCAUUCACCUCUCAGUUCACUUCACUUCACUUAACAAAACUCUGUCUGAUGUUUUAAUCAUGUGUCAUAAUGCUUCUACACGUAUCUCAGAACUGAAUGCAACCAUACCCAAGCAGAUAGAAAGUUCCCUACCUGAUAUUCAGCUUCUUCAGAAAGGUCUGACAGAAUUUGUGGAAUCAAUAAUUGAAAUAAAAACUCAAAUUGCCAUAUCUAAUUUAACUUGGUAUAUAAAUCGAACACUGUCUGGUGGUCUUGCCAGUGUUGUCAAGUCUCAGAAGCAAAUAAAACCAGUGCUGAAGAAACCCAGUUCACUUAAAAAACCAGCAGUGAAUCUUACCACUGUCCUGAUAGGCCGGUCCCAAAGAAACACAGACAACGUUCUAGUUCCUGUAACAGAGGAGUAUUCAGAUUGUAGCAGGUCCCCGUGCCAGAACGGGGGCACGUGUAUAAAUGCAAGAGGGAACUCUGUCUGCGCUUGCCGACACCCUUUCACGGGUGACAAUUGCACCGUCAAGCUGGUGCAAGAAAACUCGUUGGCGCCAGAUUUUUCCAAAGGAUCUUACAGAUAUGCACCGAUGGUGGCCUUUUUUGCAUCUCACACAUAUGGAAUGACGACGCCCGGUCCUAUCCUAUUUAAUAAUUUGGACAUCAAUUAUGGAGCUUCGUAUACUCCAAGAACUGGAAAAUUCAGAAUUCCUUAUCUUGGGGUCUAUGUGUUUAAGUACACCAUUGAGUCAUUUAGUGCCCAUAUCUCUGGAUUUUUAGUGGUUGAUGGAAGAGACAAGCUUGCGUUUGAAUCUGAGAAUGUUAACGGUGAAAUACACUGCGACAGGGUUUUAACUGGGGAUGCUUUGUUAGAAUUAAAUUAUGGGCAGGAAGUGUGGUUGCGACUUGUAAAAGGAACAAUUCCCGCCAAAUUUCCCCCUGCUACGACAUUUAGUGGUUACUUGUUAUACCGUACAUAAAUUAGUGUGAAAGACAGACUAUCACCUUUACUGAGAAGGAGCCAGUGUUUUUAUUUGUCUUUGCCUGCACAUCUGCUCUGUUUUGGGCUUUUCUAACAUGAAAUGAAAAUCAGCUUUUUUAAUCUGAGGAAGGCUGUAAGUUUGUUUAUGUCAUAAGAUUAUUUGAGUAUCUUUUGGAUAACCUGUAUACAAAGAAGUUCUUGCUCCUAAAGUGAUUUAGUGGCAGAGAAAGUGAAGUGCAUUUGUUAACAUAACAGUUCUUAUUCUCUCGUCUUAAGUCAUUUUAACGUUAAGGUAAUCGAUUAAAUGGCAAUCAUUCAGUUUUGUCGGUCACAGUAAUCUUUCCAAUAAAAUGCUUACCUCUUGUUAUUCACUAUAUAUAUAAAUAUAUAACAUAUAUUUCCUAAAUUCACAAUUCAAAUAAAUUACUCAAAGACCAAGAAGUGUUGUUGUUGUUUUGUUUGUUUGUUUUUUAACUUUGAUUUUUACUCUUCACUAUUGUGUUGAUCAAUUUUAUAU